AUGGAGCGGGCUUAUUUGCUAGUCAUAGUAGUUCUUCUAGGUACUGAAACGAUACAUUCCUCCUAUCGUUGGUUGCUGUACGAACUAAAAAGUGAACUUAAUUUGGAAUAUGUUGUGUUACUGGGAAAGAGCGAACCAUUUUUGCAGGAGCUUCUUUGGCAGCUGCCAGUUCCCAUAAUAAAAAUGGAUAAAGAACCGGAAACUAAAUCAUCCCUCGGAAUACACCAUUCCCACAAGUUUCUUACCAUUGCUUUUUUGGAAGAAACUGUGGACGAGUGCCUGCACCUCCUUUAUUCAACUUUGAAAAUGCUAAACACUCAACCUGUGCUUUUGGUUGUAAAAUACUCGAAUAUUCGAAUUUAUUCAAUUCUGGAGUGGUGCUGGCAGCAUAAACUACUAAAUGUCUUAGUUAUUGAUCCGGACUUUCAGGACUCUAUGAUUGUCUACGGGUAUACACCCUUUCCGAUAUUUCAAUUUAUUGAGCGGCGCCUGCAAAACAAUACCAUUAUUUUCGAACAACGUCUUUGGAAUCUCAAUGGAUAUAAGUUGCCAGUUGUUGUGGGUGGAUCUUCGCCCAGGUUGAUUGUUUAUCGUGGAAUGAAUGGAGAGUUGAUAUAUUCGGGAAUGGUUGGUAACCUAAUGAAAUGCUUUGAGCAGCGAUUUAAUUGCAAGCUAGUCCAACCAUAUCCCUUCGACGAGUCAGCUAUUCCACCUGCCCAAGAACUUCUAGGAUUCGUGCGAAAUGGGAGCGCACAGUUCGCGUUGGCAGCGAUAUAUCCAAAGUUUCCGUAUAAUGGCUAUAGUUAUCCCAUUGAACUGAUGAGUUGGUGCUUGAUGAUGCCAGUGCCGGCAGAAGUACCUCACAGUCACCUGUACACAAUGGUCUUUCAUCCCUCUGCUUUUUGGCUGAUUAUUGGUGGUUUAAUACUAAUCUCAUUGACUUUAUCACUUGCGCUGCGACUUCACGGAUAUCGGGUUAAUGUCAGUGAAUUUUUCCUGCACACUAGUUGCUUCAGAGGGAUACUCUCUCAGCCGUUUUACGAGGUCCUUAGGGCACCAACUUUGGUCAGAGGUAUCUACCUACUUAUUUGCAUACUUGGCAUCCUGAUCACCGCCUGGUACAACUCGUACUUCUCUACCUUUGUCACCAGUCCACCACUACUCCCUCCAUUUACAAGUUACGAGAGCAUAAAAAACUCCCACGUGAAGGUUGUAGUUUGGACACCAGAGUACCAGGUGCUCAUCCGAAUGGCCGAGAGCUUGGAAAAGUACUCGGCGAUCUUUCAAUUCCAAGAAAGUUACAAGGAGUUCCUGCUGCUACGCGACUCUUUUGACACACGUUACGGAUAUAUGAUGCCGCUGGAGAAGUGGUCUUUGGUCAAGGAACAACAGAAGGUAUUUAGUUCACCAUUGUUCACCCUGCGAGAGGACUUGUGCUUCUACCACACAGUUCCCAUUGUGUUUCCCAUAGCGGAAAAUUCGGUAUUCCGGGAGCCAUUGCAGCAGUUGAUUCUGGAUGUCACGGCCACGGGUCUUCUGGAUCGUUGGCACGACAUGGCCUUCACGGACAUGAUUAAGGCCGGCCAGUUAAGCCUGGUGGAUCGCGGAAAGCCCAAGGAGUUUCGAGCUAUGAAGCUACAGGACUUGGACCAGAUUUUGAUAGCUGGUGGAUUGCUACUGGGCCUGGCCACUAUAGUAUUUGUGUUAGAAGUGGUUUGGUUUUGGCGCAAGAAAAUCUCAAGCUCUGUACUAUCACGUUUUAAUGUUAGAGCCUAA